UCACCGUCCUAGUGGCUCUUUGAUGUGUCCGUCAUACGAGUUUACGGAACUGUAUCCACCCACUACAAAGAUGGAGGACGAUAUCUCAGAUAUGAGCAGACCACAAAUGUACUUAUUUGGUUGCACCUUGAAAUCGGACAAACGGGAAUUCAAAGUUGACCUAGACGGCGAUGAAACGGAGCAGCAGCUGUCACUGAAAGCAGUGUGUCUGGGAGCUGAGGCUGAAGAUAAGUUCCACAUGGUGGAAGUUGAAGGCCUCACUUACGACGGGAAGACGACAAAAGUGCCGCUAGCUGUCCUUAAACCUUCCGUCCUGCCCUCUAUGAGUUUAGGUGGAUUUGAGAUUACACCUCCAGUUACCUUCCGUCUCCAGUCUGGUUCUGGACCAGUUUACAUAAGCGGGCAACAUUUUAUUAGUGUGAAGGAGUCUGAUGACGAAGAGGAGGAGAACAAUUCGUCGCCGGUAAAGCGGCCUGCAAAUCUGCUGGCAGGGAAGAAACCCCCAAUGAAAAAGCUGAAGAUGGAUUCUGAUGAUGGUGACGAUGAUGAUGAUGAAGAAGACAGUGAUGAAGAUGAUGAUGACGAUGAUGACAGUGAUGAAAAUGAUGUGAAGCCACAGAAGAAUGUGGGAAAAGUGAUUACAAAGAUCCCGGAGUCCUCACCUAAGAAGCCCAACAAGACUCCAGUAAAACAAAAUGGCCCUGCAGGAAAAGCCUCAGGAUCAGCUGUCAAACCACAGAUUAAGACACCUGCCCUGGGAAAAGACAAACAACAGCCCGGCCCAUCUAAAUCUCUGCCUGAGAUUAAGAGCAAGUUGUCAACUGCAGCCAAGGAGGGAAAGCCACUUCCAAAGACAGAGCCGAAGUUUGAGAAUUACUUGAGAAGUGCUUUUAAAAUCUCAGACAAACAAGUGGUCAAGGAUCUUUGGAGUUUUGUGCAAACCCUGAAGACUGAGAAGAAGUAACAUACACAUACAUUAAAGCAUUUGUACAUUUGCAUCCUAUAAGGCAUUUAAAGGCACAGUCGGCUAGAUUUCCUAAUCGGUCUCCUUCUUUCAGCCCUGUGAAGGACUAUGAUCAAAUGAAAAUGGACUGAGUGCUGAAAUAUGGUAGAGCCAUCAAUGCAUAGAUUUAGGUGUCAAUGUUUUUCUUCUUCGUUUUUUCCUAGAUUGAAAGGACCAACUAUUGAGUUGGUUCUUUCACAGACUCGAUUCAUGUUUAGCAGACUGUAGAUUUGCUGCAAGGGGAAGCUGCAUGCAUCAUAAUGGGCGGGGUCUGUGUUGCUACUACAGGAAAGGAAAAGUUUCUAAAAUUUAUACUACCUGCAGAUUUAUGUAGCUCCUGUGUAUCACUGAAUAUGAUCAUUAUUAGUUAACAAUAAAUCUUGUACUUGAAGUAUUCAAAACCAAAACCAGGCCAAACUUAGAACCUAACCUAGUUAGUAGUUGCUAAUUCUUUCGUACGCCCUGUUGGCAAAACAGUAUUAUUUUUAUACCAGCAGAAGGACUCACUAACACAAAUGUGCUUGACAAAAAGUAAACAAAAUUUUGAAACUGUUGAAACGCUGCCUGCAGGGCCCUAUUUCAGGAAGCCGGUUUAGUGCAAACUCUGAGUAAGUAUACCCUGAGUUAACGAAAACUCUGGGUUUUCGGUUUCACAAAGCGAGUUUAGAUUAAUUCUGAGUGAGUUAC